GCUGCGUUGAGGUGGACAAAGUCAUUCGGCUGUUGCCAUGUUUCAGUUAAAAAGAGAAAAUCCAACUUACAGUCUGAGAUGAGAUCCUGGAUGAGAUCUCCCUUGUUUGUAAGUGAACGGAUGUUUAACAAUCCGAGGUUAAGAGUGGUGGUGGAGUUAGCCGACCAGGCCUGGCGGGCAAACCCGGAGUGGUCAGCGCUACGACACCUCUUCAGGUUGCCGGGAUUAACCCCUCGCUGGCGGGGUCUCGGUGAACAGGAGCGGCGGGUCAGAUCCGUGAAGCCGGUGACAGGGACGAGGCAGACCUCAGGUGGAUCCAGGGAACGCCAAGAGACCGAGAAGGGAUGGACUGAUGAUCCGGAUUCUCUCUGGGAACAUGGUGAGAAGCGAGCCAGGGAUGCCUUCAGCUUCACCAUGUUACCGCCGCGUUUGCCGCGUUUGCGAUGGCGUUUCUGACGUAGGAAGAAGGCCGACGCCCUGAACAGAAAUGCAGUCAUCGAUUCAAUGCCAAAGGAUGUCAGCAGACGUUUGGAGGAUGUCGUUGGUCUAACAUCUAUGCCAGCACAACAGUUCCGUGAUCAUGUGGUUCAUGCAGUAACCCGAUACAGAAAAGACCUAACCAAGACUUCUGAACAGGACCUUCAGAUUCAAAGGAAGCUGGCUCAGAUGCAACUAAAUGAUUUGCAAGGCAAGCUGAAAGAAAAGGUUCAAGCUGUUGUGUUCACAGAUCCAGGUGCGGGACAGACUGCUGGAGUUCCUGAGUCAACACAGGCCGCUAGGGGUCCCCAGCCGUUCCGCCCUUCAUACUCAAGGCUUGGUACUCCCUCGUCUGGGGCGUGGCAGGGAUCCAACCGCUGCUGGUAUUGUGGCAUGUAUGGACACUUUGCAAGGGCUUGCCCACGUUUUAUGCCCCUCCCAGCAGGUGGUCCUGGAAGAAACGGAGGCGUCCCUAGAAGAGGUGGAGGUGGAGCCCUGGGUGGCACACGACCAAGACCCUCUCAGUUUUAGGGGGGUCCCGAGGAUCCUGCGGGUAAAGAGUGUCACAAACCAGACCACUGUGGGCGAGAUGAGGUGAUACAUCGAAUACAACAACAGGGUUAUUGGGCGCCAUACCUGCAGGCGUUGGUAACGGAUGCGCUAAAUCAAUGCGAGGUAUGCGCGCAGAACAACGUUCGAAAAGGUAUUGUUACCCCCACAGCGCGAAUACCUGUCCCGGAAGGCCCGUUUCGUCAUCUGAUUUUAGAUUUUGUGGACAUGUUGGUCCCGGUACACGGUAAGCGCUACCUUUUGGUGGUUUUUGAUCAUUUCAGUCAUUGGGUGGAGGCCACUCCAUCAAAGGACAUGAGGGCGGGAACAGUCAUAAAGUUCCUGGUCCGUGAGGUGAUCCCUAGGUUUGGCUUACCGUCCAUCCUUUCAUCAGACUCGGGACCAGCAUUUAUCAACAAGGUCUACAAAGGCGUUCUACGCCAGCUCGGAAUCAAAGUCCGUCACGGAAGUAUCUACACUCCCUCCAGCCAGGGAGGGGUGGAACUAGUGAAUGGCACACUUAAAGCAAAAAUUAAUAAGAUUUGUGCAUGUACUGGUUUGCGGUGGCAUGACGCAUUACCGCUGGCCCUAAUGAGUUAUCGCAUGCAAGCUCAUCGGGUCACACAUUUGUCUCCUCAUGAAAUGUUAACAGGUCGUCCCAUGCCGGGCCCGCAGUUUCGGGGUCCUUUUAAGGGGCCCCCGCUGGAGCAGUUGGAGAAGGAGCUGCGCAGUUAUAUGAAACAGUUGUCUGCUAUCCAUAAAGCAAUUUAUUUUCAGGAAAAAGCGAACGAGCCAAAACCUGUCUCUGUGACAUCUGGUCCAGUGGUGCCCGGGGAUAAGGUGUACAUUAAGGAGUUUCGAAGAAAGUGGAACACUCCUAGACGCCGAGGUCCUUACACGGUGGUCCGUGCCACACCGACUGCGGUCCAGGUCGAAGGGAGCGUCGCUUGGCAUCAUCUGAACCAUUGUUCGUUGGCACCUACGACCAACAACUGCAAAACGGGCCCUGGGGACUGGUCGGAUUGUACAGCGUUCUCAAAUGACCAGUCCCCCAAAAGGGGAAGUAUCGCUUCGCAUGCAGCUGACGAAGAUAGUCCUGUCAGGGCAGAUUCAGAGUUGCCGCCCGAUGAUGUUGAGUUUGACAUUCCUUUGGUUUAUUCUUCUGGGCGGGACAGGGAUCUCGGCAGGGACAGUUCAACCAAUCCGGACCCGAAGCAGCAGCCACCACGUCGUCCCAUCACCAGGGCCUUCUCAAGGAAACAGAGGGGCAACUGCGCAACGAGGGAGCGGCCUCAGUGACCAAGGGGAGUACGACUCACAUGCCAAAUGUCAUUAUCAGUCAGGUCUCUUGCCGGCAUGCACCCGCACACAUCUACACACUAUGUUGCCCUUUUGGCACAACAUAGGCGGAAAGUAAGAUCAAUUAAGGAACAAGAUGUAGAGGGGCAUAACAUUCCAGUGAAUCCUGGGAUGGAUGAUGAACACGGUGCUCAGGGAGGAGAGGCUUUGGGGUCCAGGCUAGACCCUCUGGGCUCAGACUUAAGUGUUUAUGUUACCACAGCUGCAGCUGCCAAGAAAUGGGGAGUUCACUUUGUAGAGGAGGAGUCCACUCCCCCUCUAGCUGUGGUUCCAGCCCAGGAGCCGGAUAAGGUUGGUCUUGUAACAAUCACUACUCCACGCCCACAGGCCGGAAUAGGUAACCAUCAGUCGGUACCAGGAGGACUGGGGUAUGAACACUUAGCACGUAUAACAUCCUUAAUGGUUGACCAGGUAUGGGCUGCUGCAUGGAACACACUGGAAGGUCUGUUGGAAAUUGGAAAGGUUGUAAGUUCGUACCAGACCACAGGUAACACCCCUGUUGUAAAUAAAGUUGAUUUCACACCUGAACCGCAGCCCACCGUGGUUACUGAUGGCCAACCAGACAAUGGGGUGGUUGAGUCAUUCACCCUUCCCCCUCAAGGGUUAGAUACUUUGGUAAAUAGUUAUCAUGAUAAAACAUUAAAGGGGGGGGAGGUUAAGGAUGUAAAGGGGCAACCGGAAGUACGAGGGUUUAGACCUAGUGAAGAUUACUUAUGGAAGGAAGCGAUGGCCAAUACUUGGUAUCGCUGGGCUUGGCUGUCAGUAAAGGAAAUGACAUCGGAGGAAUGCAUAUGGUGCUCAAAGGCGCCUGGAGCCCCUCCGGUUGUUGUCCCAGAUAAGUACAGCUCUUGGGAGUGUGCCCAGGAACAACGCCGAGUGUGUGAAGAGGAAGCAUUCAAGUCUACAACGACGAAUGCUUUCUUCGGGCUCCCGAUGUGUGGUAUGAAGUGUAGAUUACUUUAUGGGGCCCAGAGGAUGCAUGGUUAUUUGAAUAAAUAUAGGGGUUACAAAAUCCAGGAAUUGUGUGUACCUUACCAGGUGGCAAAUACCGCCAUGGCCCCUCCCACGGUCUACGAGGUGGACUAUAACGCCGCAUACGAGUGUUUUGCCAGCGGAGGAUUUCUCCAGCAAAAUGGGAUAAUGGUGGGGAACACGACGGUAAGAUGUAAUGUCACAUGGGUGUUAUCAUGGUUCCCAGAGUCUGGUGUGUCUCCUCUCUUCAUAACAAAAGCAGUAUGGUUUGAAAACCCGGAGCCCCCACAUCAGGACUGUCAGAAUAUGUCUAUCACGGUUCCAACCCUAUUUUGGUUCGGAGACCAAUCACAUGCGGUCGCUGAUAGUUUCUGGUUAUGUGGAAAUAAUCUGCUACGUAGCACCCUACCCCCCUCUUGGGUGGGGUUGUGUGCUACUGUUCGCUUAAAGGUGCCAGCUAUGGUAGUAUACAAUGGUGCAAAUAAUAUUCUUCACUUAAAACGAGACAAGGGCGCGCUGCGUAGGAGUAGGCGUCAGGUCUCGGGUUCUCAUGAGGUAUAUCGGGAUGCAAUUGAAAUUGCUAAAGGGAUUCCUGUGGAAUUUUCGGCCAGAAAUGAAGUAGUGGCCGGCAUAGAAUCUAUACUACCAUGGAUAACGGUGAAUAAAAAUGUUAACUGGAUAAAUUAUAUAUAUUAUAAUCAACAGCGGUUGUUUAACCACACCAUCGAGGGACUGAGUGCACUAGGAGAACAGCUGCAUGAGACUAGCAGACUCGCACUACAGAACCGGCAAGCACUAGAUUGGCUUCUGGCAGAUAAGGGUGGAAUAUGUCAAAUGUUCGGGGAGGACUGUUGUACUUUUAUUCCAGCUAACACAGCGCCAGAUGGUUCCUUUACCUCUGCCAUGGAAGAAAUAAUACGGGUGGGGAGAGAGGUGCGAGAGCAUGCUGGGAAGAGCGACUGGUCCCUUGAUUGGUUGGACCAGUUAAUGGCUGACUGGAAAAAUGUAUUGAUAAAGGUGGGAGUUGGGUCAGCUUUGGUUCUGAUCCUUCUUUUCUUGUUUGGCAUGUGCAUCGUUCCUGCCCUGAGGAGAGCAUGGAGGACGAGUCUCAAGAAACAGACCUCUGUCAUCAUGGCUGCCCAAUUGGUCCGUACUGAGUUGGACCUGUGACGUCUCAAUAAAACUACAGUCGGUGGGACAAAGGGGCGGCAGCCUGUGACGAAAGGCUGGUGACCCAAUGCUCCUGUCUGCCUCCGGACUGGAAAAGGACUCUAUUUUGUGUUGUUCACGUGUGAAUUCUGUAGUCGGUAAUCUUCUGUAAUAGCUUGUCCUAGUGAAAACAGAUUGUAAUGGAGUUUCUUUGUUGUGUGUGUAUGGUUACUUGCUGUCAUAGUACUUAGAAGGUCUCCUGCAGGGGUUCACUGGCCUACCCGUGCCUGAGUGUCAAGUAAGAUCAAAAGUUACCGGUGCUCUCCCAGAGGGGGGGCACGGGGGAAUUUUUUCUCCCUUCGGGGUUUUUUUCGCCCUCGUACGGGAGGUUCAGAUUGGCUCCUAUGUUAUGCUUGAGACCUGCGUGUGUGGACAAGUGUGCGUAAAAAGGUUUCCCUAUUGUAAGUUUCAGAGUAUCGUCUUAGGGCCGAUUACUCUGAAAUAUUUGAAAGGGGGAAAUGUGGAAGUAUUAAUAUAUCAGAGUUGAAAUGAAUAACAACAGGUGUACUGUCCUUGGUAAGCAGAAUAUUAAUAGUAUGACAUUAUAACAUGAUAUCAAAAUGAUGUCAACCAGUCAGCCCUACAAGGCUGCGUGUCUGGAUGCUGUGUGUCUAAAGAUAGUGACAGGCAGACUAUAUAAGCUUGAAGAAAUGGAUGAACGGGGUCUUUUGAUCAAGGAAGGGUGUCCCCCCGUUCGGCCGAAUAAAAGAA